CCGCUCUUUGAUUGAGAUAUUAUUUGUCUUAUCCUGUCUUAUCUUUAGGCCAUGUCGUAUCUAUCGACCCUACUUCCCCAUAGACUCACCAACUAGACUUUGUAAAGAUGACAAUUGCCACGGAACUGACACGCCGAUUGGGCAUCAAGGUGCCCAUUAUCCAGGGGGGCAUGAUGCACGUCGGCACCGCCAAAAUGGCAUCCGCCGUGUCCAACGCCGGCGGUCUCGGCACCAUCACGGCCCUCAACUUCCCAACUCCCGCGGCUCUGCGCGAGGAGAUUCGACGCUGCCGUCGUCUCACCCCAAACCCCUUCGCAGUGAACAUCACCCUGCUGCCCAGUGUAGUGCCGCCGGAUUACCGUGGCUACGCGCAGGCGGCCAUCGACGAGGGCAUCACCAUCGUCGAAACAGCAGGCAACUCUCCAGGGCCCAUCAUCACGCAACUGAAGGAAGCCGACGUUACGGUGUUGCAUAAAUGCACGAGCAUACGCCAUGCCGAGAGCGCGCAGAGACUCGGGGUUGACUUUCUGAGUAUUGAUGGCUUCGAGUGCUCCGGCCACAUCGGCGAAAACGACAUUACGAACUUGAUCCUCUUAAGCAAGGCGCGCCAGGUGUUAAAAAUUCCCUUCAUUGCCAGCGGCGGCUUCGCCGAUGGCUGGGGUUUGGCAGCGGCAUUGUGCCUCGGAGCCUCUGGCAUCAACAUGGGCACUCGAUUUCUAUGUACACAGGAAGCCCCAGUCCAUGAGAACAUCAAGCAGAAAAUUGUCCAAUCCCAAGAAACCGACACGGUCCUUCUCUUGCGCCGAUGGAGGAACACGUCGCGCCUGUUCAAGAACAAAGUAGCCCUGGAGGCGCUGAAGGUCGAGCAAGCUAGCAAGACUGGGGAGUUUGAAGAGAUAGCGCCUCUGGUGAACGGGAAACGCGGCAAAAAGGUUUUUGAAAAUGGGGAUCCCGAGUUUGGAGUCUGGACCACGGGACAAGUGAUUGGCCUGAUCCACGAUAUUCCAACAUGCAGCGAGCUGGUUCAGAGAAUUGAAAGGGAAGCGGAGACCGUUUUGAGGGACAGACUAGGGAUGAUUCUCCCAGGUAGCAACUUGUAGAUACAAUGGGG